AUGAUCUCUGGCACAGAUGUGCAAUCGAAUGUGAAAAAGAUUCCUAUACCAGGUUUGAAAAAUAAGCCGCAGUCUGAUUCCACAAAAUCGCCCUCAUCGCAUCAAGGUCAAGAGGUGGUGGGUGUUAUUGCAGACCAACAUCCUAUAGCUGCACUUAUGAAAGAGGCUGAUGAAGCAUUUCGAGUUUAUGACGAAAGCAGAUCGAAAACUUUCAAGGAGACAGUUUCAAAAUACAGAAGGAAGUAUGGAAGGCAUCCACCGCCCAAAUUCAAGGAGUGGUAUAAAUAUGCUCGGGAUAGGAAGAUCUAUAAUAUUGAUGAUUUUGACCAAGUUAUGGAUGACUUGCGUCCAUUUUGGGGAGUCGAUCCCCCUAUUAUUCGAUCUCAAGCGGCACAUCUCCAUGCCAAUCAUGAUGACGGAAUCUCCGGAAUUCAUAUACGAGCUGGGAAAGUCUGGAAGUUGAGCAAUGAAAAUUGGAGGGCAGAGACUAUGCAAGAUAUGAUUAAGCCCUUUGUCCAACACUUGCCAGACAUGGAUAUUGCCAUGAACAGGUUAGACCAACCACGGCUAGCGAUACCAUGGAAUGAUUUGCAAGCUCUCCUUGCCAAUGAAACUGCAAGUAGACUUAUGUUGCCGGAAGCUGUCGCUGAUUUCACUAAAAAUAUGUCUGGACUGUGGCAAAAGGGGGCAUCUCUCUUUGAUGAAGGGAAGACUGAACCUCUAUUGAAAGACCCAGAGUGGUUCAGAGCACCUGGUCAGCAAUAUAUGUUGAUUGCAAAAGAAGCCUGCCCACCAGAAUCUCAUGCCAGAGGGUCAACAUCUCAAUCUGCCGCAGAGGCCACCUAUAAAAUUCCAGAGGGAGGAUUUAUUACAAAUUUCAACCUUUCUUCUGAUCUCUGUACAAUCGGCCCUGAAGUUCAAGAUUUGCAUGGGUUUUUAUAUGCAAGCAGCACAGUAACGGCCAGUAAGCUUCCACUACCUGUAUUUGGAGAAUGUAAAGUGAAUAUCAAUAAUGAUAUUCUUUUUCCUGCGAACAAAUACUACGAGUAUGAUGAUGUUCGAUAUGCCUACAGCCCGGCAGGUGACGUAGGAUGGGACGACAAGGAGGAUAGUAUGAUUUGGAGGGGUGUCACUUCUGGUGGGACUAAUACGGCAGAAACUUGGAAGAAGAUGCAUCGUCAAAGACUAGUUUUACUCACCAACGGCACUGUUAUGAAAGAUACGAAUGUGGAGAUUAUGGCCAUGGAUCCGAACAAUCCAGGUACAUACAAAUCUUACGGCCAAUUUCAACCUAGCGAAUUCGCCACAAAAUACACGGAUGCGGGCUUCACGGAGCCCGCUUCCUGUGUACCAAAUUGUAGCUUUUACGAUGAUGUCUGGACUUACAAGCCUGGUGUGGAACUUACCGACCAAUUUAAAAGUAAAUAUCUCAUCGACGUUGACGGUCAUUCGUUCUCCGGCCGUUGGCACGCAUUUCUCAAAAGCAAGGGACUUGGUAUUAAAAGUACCAUAUUCAGGGAAUGGCAUGAUAGUCGGUUAUUUGCAUGGAGACAUUUUGUUCCAUUAGAUAACCGAUAUGACGAAUUGUACAGUAUUCUCACCUAUUUUAUUGGAUUGGGAGAUGCAAACUCGAAAGGCAAAGAUGGAAAGCCUUAUGUACAAAGACAUGAUUUCGAGGCGAGAAAGUUGGGAAGACAAGGAAGAGAAUGGGCGAAUAAAGUUUUGAGAAAAGAGGAUAUUGAGAUCUAUCUUUUCAGACUUCUAAUCGAAUACGCCCGUGUAAUUGACGAUAAUCGCAAUACGAUAGGGUACUCUGGGGAUGGUAGAGAGUUGGACAAUUACGAUGAUCAAAAUCCAUUUCCAGAGCAACUUGGGUAA